GAGGGGAGGGGAGCAGAGAGAGGAGUGACUACUGAUGCUCCAGUAAUCUGCACUGUGUGAGUCAGUGCUGGGGAGAGCAAAGCAGCAACAGAAACAGCAGCAGACACGUUUCCCUCUCACGAGCGCCAACAGUGCAGAAGAGCAGGAUGGGAAAGCAGACCGGCUGAGCAAGAGGAGGAAGUGAGCAAGCCAUAUAGAAAGCUAGAGGCUGACGUUAGGAGGGAGAGAAUACAGAUCGACAGCUUCUUUUUGAGAGUCUCCUUUGAAAAGGAUUUUGGCAGACCACUGAUUGACAGCAGUGGCAAUCUAAACAAAUCCAAAGGAAGCGGAAGUUUACUGUUAAAUCUUGGAGGUGGCAGCAGGUUGAAGACUCGACGUGGUGCUCGACGUGGUGCAGGGAUGUCCUGGUUGUCGCCGGUCCAGUGGGCCAAAUGGACAUGGUCAGCAGUGACAGGGGGCGCAGGGGACGAGGGGCAGCCCAGAUCAGAGGACGGCAGAGAGGACAAUUCAGACUCGGAGGGGACCUUUGAGACUCCAGAGGCAGAGUCUCCAGGUGUUGUGAAGCUGCUGAGCCAACUGGACAACUCCAACCACACAGUUCUUCCUGAUGUUACAAACCACUUUCUGGACAAGAACUCUAACCAGGAUGUCAGCCCAGUUUCAUCCCAAGAAGCUGAUUCCCUGAACAACCUCUCUGGCUCCUCAUCUAAUGACUGCAGCUUUGGUUUGGACCAGAACCUUAACCUGACCCUCAGCAGCAAAUCCAGUCCUGGAGAGAGCCUCUCCCCAUGCAGCCCUCUGCCCCAGUCUCAAGCCCUCCGGCCUCCAUCACUGUCUUUCCUCUCCCCACUAAACAAGCCCGAUCCUUGUGAGGUGGACGACGAGGCUCCGGUGACGUCUGACUCCAGUCCGGACUCAAACUUAAUCCCAAGUCAUGACCCUUAUGUGGAUCCUAAUGGCAACAUGGACUCCAGCGCUCCUAACACAAAACUGAGCUGUGAAACCAACGGCACAAUUAUAACGAACUCCUGUAAAGUGAAGCAGAACCAGCUGAUGCAAAAGGACUUCAGCGGACAGGAUGACCAUCAUGGAGGCCACGCCACAGACGAGGAGAAGUUGGCGAGCAGUGCCGGCAUCAAACCAGACAAGGACCAAAGUGACUGCCAUGUGACAGCAAAACCUGAUGACUCAGACUGCUGCUCUGUGCAGUUCGAGGACCCGUGCAAGCUGAAAAAGAAGUUGGAGGGAAGCGAAAUGCAUAAAACAGGAAGUCAGGUCCUGGAUUCCAUCUGCAUCAGUGAGGCAGAAAAACAGGCCGUCCUCAGCCUUAUUAGAGAGGAGAUCAUCACUAAAGAGGUGGAAGCCAACGACUGGAAGAAAAAAUUUGAGGACAGCAGACAAGAAGUCAGUGAGAUGAGAAAGAUUGUUGCAGAAUAUGAAAAGACAAUCGCUCAGAUGAUCGAGGACGAGCAGCGCAACAAACAGAGUUCCCAGAAGGCUUUGCAUGCUGUGACGAUGGAGAAGGAAGCCGCUCUGGCAGAUUUGAACUCCGUGGAGCGCUCUCUCUCUGACGUGUUUCGGCGUUAUGAAAAUAUGAAGAGCACCUUGGACGGUUUCAAGAAAAAUGAAGAGGUGCUGAAGAAAUGUGCUCAGGAGUAUCUGGCCAGAGUCAAGCAGGAGGAACAGAGAUACCAGACACUUAAACUCCACGCUGAGGAGAAACUAGACAAGGCCAAUGAGGAGAUUGCUCAGGUGCGUGCAAAGGCAAGUUCAGAGAACAUGGCGUUGACCGCCAGUUUGAGGAAGGAACAGAUGAAGAACGAGUCUCUGGAACAAGCUCUGCUGCAGAAGAAUCAAGAGAUGGAGGAACUUACCAAGAUCUGUGAUGAGCUGAUCGCCAAAAUGGGAAAAAUAGACUGAGAGAAACUCCCUGUGAAUCAGACACUACCGUCCCUCCGGUCCUGCCUAACAGCGACGCCCUGUGCAUGCCCCCCGCUGAGAAGCAGCUCUUGUACCCUCUGCCAGCCCUGCAUCACAGAGACUGUCUAUGUACAGAUGUCUAAAGUAACUUCCUGUGUACUAAAAUUGCACUACUUUUGACCUGAAUCAAGAAGGUUUUUCUGUACAUGCUAAUUAUUUCUCAGUCUGGGACUCUGUUAUAUGUGUGUGGACACGUUGUUUUGUUUGCAUUUUUGCCAGUUGUGACGCAACGUGGACCUCGUGUGCUUUCGCUCAUCAUGCCAGCAAGCAACAACCAGCUUGUGACUCAACUUACAUUCCCAGCAGCUUAACGGCUAAAUUCCCAGCAACCCCUCCAACAGGAUGACAUCGUGCAGGCGGCAUCAUGCAGGCGGGGGUUGUUUUAGAGUUACAUUUAGGUAUACAGAGUAUUUCAAUGGGCUUUUAAAAGGAUUGUUUUAUAUUAAAGCAGCAAUCCUUUAAAUGUAUUUUUCUAUGAAGUAAACAAGGACUUUACUCUGAAAGAGCAACGCUCAGGGGUAUUGUGUGGGGCAGAAUGAGGUCAAAGUUAAAGUCAGGCUGCACAAAAACUGGAGGAAAGGAUUUAGGAUUGUUUGAGGACACACAGUCGUCCUCAGAGGCCUCGGUUUGUUCAUGAGAAACACUAAAGCCUGAAAGAGUCUGAACCACGUGUCGGUGAAACUAGUGCUGCAAAUAAUUCAAAGCAUUUACUUCACCGGGGGUCUGGACACUGUGUUUAUCAGUCACAGAGAAGUAUAAUAACCUGACAAUCAUAGAUUUUCCUGUGGUUACAUAAACUUUGUGGCGUUGUCUUUUCAAAUCCACAAAGUCAAUAAAAAGAAAACUUCAUCCUGAAGUGUAAAGAGUAAAAAGGCUAAAUCAACACUUAUCAUCACUUAACUAUCAUGUGUUAAGAAUCCUGAACAACUGGAAAACUUAAAAACAGUGACUCUAUAUUUUUGGCAGAUAUUUAAAACUAUUAUAAGAGUAGCAAGUGCUGCAAUAUGUCAAUAAUAAGUUUUUCUUCUUUUUAAACGUACACUGUGUCUCAGACUGAGUGUCCACUAAUCAUGUGUACCUCCCAUCAUGUAGGAAACUACGAGUUUUAGGAGCUUUUCGUCUGUUGCUCAUGUGUGAUAAAGACGUGAACUCUCACGCCUGUAUUUACAGCACAGCACCAGUUAUUUAGCAGAUGUAUCUGUUUCUUUGCAUGAUUAUUUUCAUACCUUUAUGUUUCUCAAAAUGCAGGUUGUUUCAGUAACACAGCCAUAAAACUAGUUGUGUAGCAAUGAGUUACGAGGCUGUGACAUAGUAACUGGGUAUCAGUGAAAUAUUUCAGAACUUGUGCCAAUGUGAUUUCUGAGUAUAGGUUCUAAUGAGAAAAAAGCGAAAAAAAUGUUUUCAAUACUUACAAUUUUCUACAUAGGAAAUUUUCUUUCCAUUGAAAAAUAUAAGCCAAACAUCUCCACAACAUUGAUAUUUUUUGAAGGCUUAACAAAAACCUACAAUAUGCCUCAAUAAAAUAGAGUACAUAAUAAGAAAAUCUGAUUUAAAUCAGGCAAUAUUUGGUCAAAGAAACGGAAAAAAAGACUAAAAAUCUGACUUCGCAUUUACUUAAAUCUUGAAAAAUUUUCCAUUCCUUGAUAGUCACUAUUGAAAAAGUUGAAAUAUCUGUAUUGAUAGCUAGACUCUUAACCACCAUGUAUAUCCACAUGAGGUGCCACAGUUUAUAUUUGUGCCAUUCUAAUGUCACAUUAGCUCUCGCCACGCAACUGGUUUGUGUUUGCUUUACAAUAUAAUGUUUUGUCACUUUAGCUGCUUUCUUGAAUUAUUGUUUGUACAUGUAUUUGUAUAUUAGGAAUGGCGAUCUCACACUUGUGUUGACAGAUUGAGGACUAACAGCGUGAGUGUGUGUACACUUAUCUGAAUAAACAUAAAUAUAAUUUGUUCUACUA